GAUGACGUCAUCACGCCCGCAUCCUAGCAACAAAAGAGAAGGCACAGCAAAGCGGAAGGAAGCUAAUUGCUAAGUGACUCGGUCGCAAUGUAAACAAACAUGUUACUCGUUUUGAUAUUGUGCUGUUUUAAAACCUGACUCUCGGUUCAGGGUGAAGCCAAAUCUUACUCAGAAGGUAACUGACGUGUGUCGAGACUAAGAGGAGUUCAACAAGCUGCGGUUAUCGCCAGCUCGAAGCGCUAGCGUUAGCUUCAGAUAACGGGUUUCGGAUUUUUUGGGCUAUGUAUUCAACGUCGCCGAGGUUACCAGUGGAAAUGAUGCUAAGCAUUUAAAUGGCUAUUAAAGACUUUUCAUAAUGUAGUUAGGGUAACGGUCGCCACUCAACGCGACUGAAAAGGGACUCCUGCGGUUCGAUGACCACUUGACUGCAGACGCCUGCACUUGGCCUGACAUGUUCAGCCUCAUGGCGAAUUGUUGUACCUGGCUGAAACGCUGGCGAGAGCCGGCAAGAAAAGUGACUCUAGUGAUGGUGGGACUGGAUAACGCGGGGAAGACUGCCACAGUACGAGGAAUCCAAGGAGAGAAUCCCCAGGAUGUUGCUCCAACUGUGGGUUUUUCCAAGGUUGACCUGAAGCAGGGAAAAUUUGAGGUCACCAUCUUCGAUCUGGGGGGUGGGAAGAGGAUCCGCGGGAUAUGGAAGAAUUACUACUCGGAGUCGCACGGUGUGGUGUUUGUGGUGGACUCCAGCGAUGUGCAGCGGAUUCAGGAGACGCGGGAGACCAUGGCGGAGGUUCUACAGCACCCGCGCAUCGCUGGGAAGCCUGUGCUUGUACUUGCCAACAAACAGGAUCAGGAAGGAGCACUGGCCGAAGCAGACAUCAUUGAGAACCUGUCACUAGAGAAGCUUGUGAAUGAGAACAAGUGUCUCUGUCAGAUCGAGCCAUGCUCUGCGGUUCUGGGUUACGGCAAAAAGGUUGACAAAUCCAUCAAAAGAGGUUUGGGCUGGCUGCUCAACAACAUUGCCAAAGAUUUUGAGGCCAUUACUGAGCGUGUGCAGAAAGACACAGCGGAGCAGCGUGCUCAGGAAGAGCAGGAUAAGAAAGAAAGAGCAGAACGAGUCCGGCGGAUAAGAGAAGAGAGAGAGCGGCAGGAGAGGGAAGAGGCAGAACGGGAGGGCAAGCGGGUCUGCAAAGAGGAACCUGAUGAAGAAAACAUGGCCAACCCCUUCCAGCCGAUUGUAAAUGUCGUCACCGAGAGUGAGGAUAAAGCAGACGAGAGAAGGCAACAAGAGCUGGGGGACUGUACGAUCAACAAUCUGAAGGCAGGCGGCGAUUAUGAGGAGGAGACCCCUGAGGAGACGGACAAUGCCAGACACACUCUGGAUAAUUCCAGCUCAAGUACCGGCACGGCCACUGAGCAAAGCAAGAAGAAGGUGAGAAAAUUGUAUCUGAAGCGGAAGCACCGCGUGGACCCACUGAAUACGGAGGAGGGGCAAACGGAGAGGGUCACCCCUCCGCCCCUUCCAGUUGGAUGGGCGUCUCCUAAAGUUUCUAGGCUGCCCAAAUUAGAGCCUCUCUGGGACUCAAAAGCCUCUGAGUUUUACAAGAAGCCACUUGCACCUGUCGCAAAUAAGCCGCAGCCUAACAGUGACACACACAAUGUCGUUUUUUAAUCUCUUACUGAUUGCUAUCCCCCGCCCCUCCGAAAUCACGGCUCUCCCCUUUUGCUUUCUGUCCCAAGCAAGCGCAGUGUAAACAACACUCUGCAGCAGUUUGAUGCAUGUCUGGGAAAGAGCUGCCCGGGAGGAUGGAAGUGCGACAUAAAAGAGAAAGGAGCAACCCGGAGACGGAUGCUCUGUUCAGCCGCCAUAAAACUGGGCUUUCACAGACUAACAACAAAAUGAACACGUUUACAAUACGCUUGUUUAGUCAUGUACCAUAUAUUUUUACUAUGUUAUUAAACAAAAUGAAUACCGCUG